AGAAAAAAACAGCAACAACAACAACUAGUGAGGUUCGAAGUUGGAAGUUUAAGCACGACACUUAGCACCGGCAGCAGCAGAAGCAGAAGCAACUCAAUGUCAAUGGCAAGCACAAGUGUUAUUGUUGAAGAAGAAAAACAGUUGAUCCUGUAUUCGUAUUGGAGGAGUUCGUGUUCCUUUCGUGUCCGAAUCGCUCUCAACCUCAAAGGUCUCAAAUAUGAUUACAAAGCAGUUAAUCUGUUGAAGGGAGAACAAUCUCAUCCUGAUUUUCUCCAGCUCAACCCUGUUGGUUUUGUUCCUGUUCUUGUCGAUGGCCCUGCUGUUAUUUUUGACUCUUUCGCCAUUAUCAUGUAUUUGGAGGAUAAGUUUCCUCAACAGCAUCCUUUGCUCCCUACUGAUAUUCACAAAAGAGCUAUCAAUUUUCAGGCUGUCAGUAUUGUUUCUUCAUCAAUACAACCCCUUCAUAACCUAAAUCUCCUGAAGUACGUUGAGGGAAAAGUUGGCCCUGAUGAAAAACUUCCAUGGGUCCAGAAUGUAAUAAAAAAAGGCUUCACAGCCCUUGAAAAGCUAUUGAAAGAACACACUGGGAGGUAUGCUACUGGAGACGAAGUUUUCAUGGCGGAUAUAUUUUUAGCACCUCAGUUACAUGCUGCAUCUAAGAGAUUCAACAUUCACAUGAAUGAGUUUCCUAUUCUAUCAAGAUUACAUGAGACAUAUUAUGAGAUCCCAGCAUUCCGGGAUGCUUUGCCAGAGAAUCAGCCAGAUGCAAUGGGCUAGCUGAUUCAAUAAUUUGGGGCUGAUAUGACAGAAGUGCGACCUGAUGUUAGGUUGGAGAAAUUGCAGCAGGAGCUACUGAUUUAGCAGCUGGUUGAAUUUGUAACAAAGAUACAAGAUACUUUACGUAGCAGUAAGGUAUUCAAGUGCAAUCUAUUGCACGUAUGAGUUCGAUAAUCCUAGUGUUUAGUUUCCACAUCGUAUUCUCAUAUUCUCGGUCAAAUUUGUUUUUGUAUCUUUUGGUGGAAUUGUGUUUAUAGAUGUUUUUAACAUCUAAUGGAAAAAAACUUUGGUAAUUGAAAGAAGUUUUACAUUGGAAACUACAA